UCCCGCUCGCUUCAAACUCAGCAAAGUAGCAGCGCUUACAAAGAGGCAGGAUCCCCCAAAAGCAAGUAGAGCUUUCAUUCAGCAUCUCGCUCUCCUACCAAACACAUUUGUCGGUGCGCAAAGCUCGCAAUUAUGAUUAAAAAAAUAUCUCCUUCCGAGAACGAGUUUAACAUCCCGGCCAAAAACUGCCACAGGAUGGUGAUUCUAGGAUCCACAAAGGUUGGCAAGACGGCCAUCAUCUCUCGGUUUCUGAAUAAAAAAGUAGACGACCAGUACACGCCAACAAUCGAGGACUUUCAUAGGAAAUUAUACAGCAUUCGGGGAGAUGCGUACCAGUUGGACAUUCUGGACACCUCUGGAAACCAUCCCUUCCCCGCUAUGAGGAGACUCUCUAUCCUUACUGGUGAUGUUUUUAUCUUGGUGUUUAGUCUGGAUAACAGAGACUCCUUCCAAGAGGUCCAGCGCCUGAAGCGUCAAAUUUACGAAACCAAGUCCUGCCUGAAAAACAAAACCAAGGAGAACGUAGAUGUCCCGAUAGUUAUCUGCGGGAACAAGUGUGACCGGGAGUUUAACCGGGAGGUUCAGAAUGAGGAGAUUGAGAAGCUGGUGGCUGGUGAUGAACAGUGUGCCUACUAUGAGAUCUCUGCAAAACGGAACACUAAUGUCGACCAGAUGUUUCAGACUCUUUUUACCAUGGCUAAACUGCCCAACGAGAUGAGCCCGGACUCUCACCGCAAAGUUUCCUUACAGUUUUGCGAAGUACUGCAAAACAGCAGAAGAAAAUCUUUCAGAAGUAAGAAAUUCAAAGACUGCGAGGCAUACGGGAUUGUGGCACCGUUUGCGCGCCGACCAAGCGUGCAAAGUGACUUAAUGUAUAUCAAAGAGAAAGCUACUGGCUGCAGCCAGGGAAAAGAGAAAGACAGAUGCACCAUCUGCUAAGGACUCACUUGACAAUGCACAUGGAGACAUGUUACGAGAUGUUCUAUACAGCGAUGGAGAUGAUACCCGUCAGGCUUCAUGCCAGUGUGCUGAGUCUGGGAUAAGGAAGCACGCCAAGACGCAGUGACAGCCAGGGGUGUUUGUCCCAAACCACGCGAGAAGGCAUGGUCAUUGUCAGAUAUUUCUCUGUGGAGUCAGGGUGAUCAAGUGUGAUAUGGCUUCAGAGAACCUCUAGUGUUCUUGUUACUAUAGCUACAUGCUGUAAAAUGACUGGAGAAUGUAGUCUACACUUGUGGAGUGGCAUUUGUUUACAUUUGAUUUUUUCACACGGAACUGAACUUGAAUGUUAAUUGCAUACUUAACACAUAUGAAUGCUUAUUCGUAUGUCAUCGUUUACUUUUUACAAAAAAGAAACAUGGAGAAAAUAAAAUGAUCCAUUUGAAACGUA